AUGGCCAUCAUUGAUACCACGAAAGACCUCUCCGCUCUGUUCACGAAGCAGGUCCGAGCGACUCCCGACACGCUAGCUUUGGAGGAUGACAAAACCACAUACACCUAUGCGGAGCUAGAUAAGGAAGUUGAGGAAUUGUCGCAGCGACUGCGCAGCUAUGGUGUGAGCCGAGAUAGCCUCGUCGGCGUCCUGCUACCCCGCAGUGCACAUUUCGUCAUUGCUUGUUUGUCGAUCCUUCGUGCUGGCGGAGCGUUCCUCGUCCUGGAGUUGGCGUACCCCCCAGAGCUGCUCGCAGACGUGCUCGAGGACGCCAAUCCCGCCGUGGUAGUCACUCACAGAUCAGAAACCGGCAAGAUCAAGGGCAAUGUGCCCGUCAUCUCCCUUGACGAGCCCGCCGUGGACACCAAUGGCCACACCACCGAGCCUGGGCCAUUGCCAGCUGAUGACGACUUGGACCGACUGGCAUUUGUCUCUUACUCCUCCGGCACCACCGGCAAGCCGAAAGGAAUUGCAAACCCUCACCGUGCCCCAGUCCUCUCAUACAACUUGCGUUUCGGCGUCCAGGAUCUUCACCCUGGUGACCGCGUCGCUUGUAACGUCUUCUUCAUCUGGGAGAUCAUCCGUCCCUUGCUGCGCGGUGCCACUGUUGUUGCCGUUCCUGAUGACCACAGCUACGAUCCGGCGGCCCUCGUCGACCUGCUUGCCUCGAAACAAAUUACCGAGACCCUCAUGACACCCACCCUCCUUGCCACUAUCCUUUCUCGACACCCUCAUAUCGGCUCUCGGUUACCGGAGCUGCGCACGUUAUGGUUGAACGGCGAGGUCGUUACCACAGAUCUAGCCCGGCGGGCGAUCAAGGCGCUGCCCAACACCCGACUGCUGAACUGCUACAGCGCAUGCGAAACGCACGAGAUUGCUUGCGGCGAUAUCCGAGAAAUCGUAAACGACGAAUCCCAAUAUUGCCCUGUGGGCCCACUCCUGGAUCCAGAGCACGCAUACAUUGUCAACGAGCAGGGAAAGAAGGUGGAGGACGGAACGUGUGGUGAGCUCUGCGUCGGUGGACCCAUGCUUGCAAGAGGAUACAUCAACCGCCCUGAGACGACGGCAAAGGCUUUCAUUCCUGAUACAUUUUCAGCGACCCCGGGAGCUGUCAUGUACCGUACCGGAGACCAGGCACGUAUGUUGCCGUCUGGCCUUCUUGAAAUCACCGGUCGCGUCGGCGCCAUGAUUAAGCUGCGCGGAUACUCCGUCGUUCCUGGAAAGGUUGAGAACGACAUUGUCAAGCGCCUCGCCGUCCGCCAAUGUGCUGUGGUCCCGCACGGUGAGGGUCUUGAAAGGCAGCUGGUGGCUUACAUUGUUGCCGACGAGGAGCACUCUGAAGACCGCCCGGUAGUGGAAAUUAACCCAUCGGGACACAGUCCCGGCGCUCGACGAGCCCUGACUCAAUUCCUCGCGCACUACAUGAUUCCAGCCUUGUGGGUGCAGGUUGACGAGCUGCCCACGCACGAGGUGUCGGGAAAGAUUGACCUCAAACACCUCCCUCCGCCCCCGACGGAGGCUGCCGUUAACGGCAACGGACAGCAGGAAGACCCUAUUGGCAUUGAAGAUAUUGCUGCAAUUUGGGCUGUCGCGCUGAAGAUUCCCAAGGCAACGCUGAAGGCCGAAGACAAUUUCUUUGAUCUAGGUGGACAUUCGCUUUCCAUCGCGGAUCUCUCUUCUAGGCUGUCACGUAAAUUCGGGUUCCGCAUCCCCAUCGUACGCCUGGCUGAGAACGCGUCGCUCAGCGGCCACCUGGACACCGUCCGCGGGAUUCGAGACGGACACACGGCUGCUGUACAGGCAGAUUUGCCGGCUGUUCUUCGUGCCGAUGCUACUCUAGACGAAGACAUUCGCUCCUCAGAUGCGAAGAUUUGCUCGCUUACCGACGCGAAAACAGUUCUGCUGACCGGUGUGACUGGUUUCCUCGGUGCUUUCCUGCUCAAAGACCUUGUUGAAAGUACCUCUGCGCAUAUCAUCUGUCUUGUGAGAUUCAAUGAGCCCGAGGAUGAUGACCAACCCGGCGGUGCAGCGCGUAUUCGCCGCAACCUCCUUGACCUCGGCCUUUGGGACGACUCCAUCAUGGAGCGCGUCGAGAUUCUCCCUGGCAAUCUGUCUCGGUCGCGAUUCGGUCUCUCUCCUGACGCAUUCCAGGAACUGGCACAGCGUAUUGAUGUUAUCGUUCAUGCUGCUGCUUCGGUCAACCUGGUCUACCCGUACGCCGCUUUGCGCGCCCCGAACGUGGGCGGCACUCGCGAAGUCCUCCGCCUGGCCAGCCAAGGCGGGGCAACGGUGCAAUAUGUGUCGACCAAUGGUGUGCUGCCACCGUCUGGAGAAAAAGGAUGGUCAGAGGACACAAUGCUGGAUAUGGCUGAUGUGCCGACGAAGCUCCUGGACGGGUAUGGACAGACUAAGUGGGUGGCGGAACAGCUCGCCCUGGAGGCUGGUCGUCGGGGCAUCCCUGUCAAGGUCCACCGCAUCGGCACUGUCAGUGGUCAUAGCCAGACUGGUGCCGCGAAUGCCUGGGAUCUUCUCACUGCCUUGAUGGUGGAGUCCAUCAAACUAGGCAAAUACCCGGACGUUGAGGGCUGGCGCGCGGAAAUGACACCGGUCGACUUCGUCAGCAAAGCAAUUAUCCAUCUCGCAAACCAGACUUCGGUUGACCACAGUGUUUUCCAUAUUGGCGACCCAGCCCCAGUGAACACCAAGUCUGUCUUUGAAGAUCUGAAAGUGCUCGGUUACCCCACCGAGCCCCUACCCUGGGACGAGUGGGUAGCUCUCUGGACAAGCGAGCGUGGCCAUGUUAAAGGUGGUGACGGUGGCUUCACUGUUGAUAUCCUUCGCAGCGGUAUGCCUUCGAUCGAGUUCCUGCGCGGUAUCGUUGUUUUAGACACUUCUGCCACUCGCCCCAUCCGCCGGGAGGUUGAGCGACCAAAGGUCGACCGGUUCCUCCUCGAGACUUACGCCCGGCAUUGGUUUGCCCGAGGCUGGCUGAGAAAGCCUCCCGUUCGCCAGCGGCAGUUGAGCCCUGCGAAGGGUCCCCUUAGCGGCAAAGUGGCUGUUGUUACUGGCGCGUCGUCUGGCAUCGGAGCUGCUGUCGCGACUGCCUUGGCUCGAGAAGGCGCCCACGUCGCGCUCGGUGCCCGUCGACUCGACGCCCUCGAAUCACUGAAGACCAAGAUCUCCGCCAGCGGCGUCAAGGUAGUCGCUUGCAAGACCGAUGUUACCGACAGGAAGCAAGUCGAGGGCCUCGUGAAGGCUGCGACCGAGGAGCUUGGCCCGGUUGACAUCCUCGUUGCCUGCGCUGGUGUUAUGUACUUCACCAUGAUGGCGAACACCCAGAUAGACGAGUGGGAGCGAACAGUCGACGUCAACUGCAAGGGUAUUCUCAACUCCCUCGCGUCUACAGUGCCCGGCAUGCUGUCCCGCGGAAAGGGUCACGUCGUCGCGAUCUCCUCAGACGCCGGCCGCAAGGUCUUUCCAGGGCUGGGAGUCUACUCGGCCAGUAAGUUCUUCGUCGAGGCGACGUUGCAGGCGCUGCGCUUAGAGACCGCCGGGCAAGGCUUGCGGGUAACAGCCGUGCAACCCGGAAACACGGCGACCGAUCUUCUCGGCAUGUCCACGGAUGCAGAGGCCGUCAAGAAAUACGGCGAGCCGUCGGGCGCACAGAUUCUCGACCCUGAGGAUGUUGCUAACUCCAUUAUCUACGCUCUUCGCCAGCCUGAGCAUGUCGCUAUGAAUGAGAUUCUGAUUGAGCCCUGGGAUGAACCAAUUUAG